AUGCGAAAGAUCCUCUCUGUAAUUGGCACGACUGGUGUUGGCAAGAGUAAUCUUGCUGUGGAUUUGUGUAGGACCUUGCGUGGUCAGGCAAUCAAUUCCGAUGCCAUGCAGGCAAGUCAGGUGUACAAAGGGCUUGACAUUAUUACCAACAAGAUGCCCUUGGAAGAAAGACAUGGUGUUACACACCACCUCAUGGAUUUUUUAGACCCUGAAGACGAAUACAAAGUAACAGAAUUCAAGCGGGAUGCGACUCAAUGUAUAGAGAAACUAUCAAAUGAAAAUCAAUUGCCAGUAUUAGUAGGAGGGACAAACUAUUAUAUGCAGAGUUUACUAUGGCGCAACACGCUGAUUAAAGAAACAAAUGGAGAGAGUGACGAGGAGGAGGACCGUUCUAGAAGUCGUAGUCCGUCUCCUGAAAUAGUUCCAGAGUUGGAGGUAUUAGAAACUCCAGAACUAUACGAUCGUCUGAAGCAAGUGGAUCCUAUAAUGGCUACAAAAUGGCAUGUCUCCGAUCGAAGAAAAAUCAUGCGCAGCUUACAAAUUUUUCACGCGACCGGAAAGCCUCAGAGUGAAAUCAUUAAAGAGCAAAAGGCACAAAAAGAAACACAUGGUGCACAACCAAGAUUCAAGGCACUUGUAUUUUGGCUUUAUGCAGACCCGGUUGCACUAUAUCCCCGUCUGGAUGAACGAGUGGAUAAAAUGAUAGAGACUGGCUUGUUUGAAGAGAUCAAAGAUUUGCGGAGGCGUGUCGUAGCCGGAUCAAUUACGCUGCCUGGUCAGGAAUUAGAAAAGUACCAGCGUGGCUUGUGGCAAGCUAUAGGCUACAAAGAGUUUGAUCCUUAUUUUACAGCCGUUGAAGAAAAUACAUUGGAAGAGCCAGAUACAUCGCCUAAGUUUAAGCUUUCAGAACUAAAGAAGAUCAAGGACGAAUGUACUGAACGUAUGAAGGCUGCUACAAGGCGAUAUGCAAGACGACAAGUCCAGUGGAUCCGUAAUAAGUUUUUACCCUCUGUGUUUGACUCAAAGGGUGACGUAUUGGUUUAUUUACUUGAUGCAGGAGACCUUGAUGCAUGGAAUACAAAUGUACAACAAAAGGCAAUUGACGUUGCUAGAGCCUUUUUAGAAGAUAGGCCAAUGCCAGAUCCAGCUAGCUUUGGAGAUGUGGCAGCUAAAAUGCUGUCUAAAUCAGACGCAGAAGACACCCAUGCGCGUGUACUCAACUGGAAGAAGCAUGUGUGUCCAGUCUGUAUUACUAACAAAGGAGAGGUUGCAAUUAUGAAUGGUGAUCUUGAAUGGGAACAGCACAAAAAGAGCCGUUGGCACAGGAAGUCAUCUAAGCGAAAGCGAAUGGAAGAACUCACAGCAAACAAACCACCCCUUUAA